GGCUGAAUAUGAUGUUCAUUGUGACAAGGAAAUUGCAAUAUAUCCAUCACUCUCUGCAAGGAACGACAUCAAUUUAUGCAAACGAGUUGUAGCCCCACCCACUUAAUUACUACCGUGACAUGUGAAGUCAAGCGUGUUCAACGACAGCCAUUAUAGAGAGAGUGAGAAGCACGGGCUACGUUUUUCUAUAUUCUAUGUCCUUCGAUUAUUAAACCACAAUAUAUCAGGUGACUGUCUUUCCAUAACAAAUCACCCUUCCUCUGGCGGUGGAAGAAGAUGUCGGAGACAAUCAUGACGGAAGUGCAAACAGAGAAACCUAAGGCAAAAGUCAGGUUUGCCAAAACAACCAAAGUCAAUACAACACGGACCCUUCCGAGGCUGAUCGAAAAGAAUGGAACAUGUAACAUCGAGUCCAGGACAAUCCGGGGAAAGAAUAUUCGAUUCAUAAGUGACAUUUUUACCACACUACUCGAGACACAAUGGAGGAUGUUUCUAUCACUGUUUGCCUUGUCAGUGGUGUUCAGCUGGGUCAUUUUUGCCACUGUGUAUUAUCUAAUUGCUUAUUCCAACAAUGACUUUGUGGAAAGUAUUGUAGAGGAAGAGCGAUAUUAUUGUGUGGAGAAUGCCCCUGACUUUAUUUCGAUGAUUUUGUUCUCCAUGGAGACACAGACGACAAUCGGGUAUGGGACUCGUUACGUCACGGACAACUGUCCCGCUGCCGUGUUUCUGGUUACGGUUCAGUCCAUCCUCGGAGCUCUUUUACAAGCUCUCCUGACGGGAAUCGUCAUCGCCAAAGUACAGAAACCAAAGAAGAGAGGUAAUACGAUAUUGUUCAGCAAGAAUGUGUGUAUAUGUCAGGAUGGUGGUGAGAGGUAUCUAUACAUACGUAUUGGGGACCUACAAAAGUCCGACAUGAUUGACACGCAUGCACGUGUAGUGUGCGUGAAAGAUAAAAUCACAAGCGAUGGGGAAUAUAUUUCUCAUUUUCGUCAUGAUCUUGAUGUAUACAGUGAACUUUACUCCAGCAGAAUUUCGCUCAAAUGGCCCAUUGUUCUUCAGCACAAGAUAACACCAUCAAGUCCUUUCUGGGCCUUAGACGAAGGGGAGGUAAAAUCUGGUGAUUUUGAGUUGUUGGUGUUUCUCCAGGGAGUCAUUGAGAGCACGGGGAUGUCAUUCCAAGCGAGAACCUCCUAUCUCCCGCAUGAGAUUCUUUGGCAACAUAAGUUUAAGCCUAUGUCCACAGUCGUUACCUUGUCUGGAAUGUUCGAGUUUGAUUACAAGCAGUUCAAUGAGACAAUCAACUUUCCUACCUCGACGCCCAGUACCCCCCGGAAAUUUGUCAGAGCUAAGUACAUCCGUUCCUCCUCCCCUGGGGAUUACUCUGUAGGGGGAGAGUCUGGAAUCGCCGAUAUGGAUGACGUCAUGUCUACAACUUCGAGUUCUGAUAGCUCAGAUCUCUCCUCUGCUAGUGUAAAGUAUGGAAAAGUGUCGCUCAAUAUGUACGGUUCCUAACAUAGACAGACUCUUCUUGGUAUAUUUUAUCAUGAUAACUUUAAUAUUUCUAUUAUACAUGGUAUAUAGGUUAUUGGUUGGAAUGCUGGUGAUCACAUGUGACCUCAGUAGUGCUGUAAUGUUGCUAUUAAAUGGCGUUAUACUUACUAUUUUGAUACAUAUUUACGAUGUUUUGAACUUUUACAUUGCAUUAAACUUUUACAAUUUCACGAAA